GGAGCAUCGCGCUCCCGGACGCGCCCUCGCGUGCACCGCCCCGCGCCUCGCCGUCCCGUUACUCCCGGGUGUCCGGCGAGCGAGCCCCAGCGCCGACCCUGCGCUUCCGACAUGUCCCAGCUGCCCGCAGCCAGCAGCGUCCCGCAAACGGGCGCGGCGAGCGGCGGGCGCGGCCUCCCGCGGGCCGAGGUUGGCGGCGGGCGCGCUGCGCUCCCGGGCCCGGCGCGACCGGAGGAGAUCCGGGGAGGUCCGAUGGCGGCGGCCCGGGAAGGACCCGCAGCCCCGGGGGUGGCGGCGGCCAGGGGAGGCCGUGUGGCUGCAGCAGCUCGGGGGAGCCCGGCGGGGGCGGCUCGCGGGGGCGCGGCGGCCCGGGAAGGCCCGAUGGCACCGGCGGUGUCCAGGGAAGCCCGGAUGGCGGAGGUGGCCCGGCUGCUGGGCGAGCCGCUGGAGGAGGACGCUCCCGAGGGCAGGCCCCGGUCCAGGGCGGGUGGCCUGGCGGCGCUGCCGUACCUGCGCCUCCGCCACCCGCUUAGCGUCCUGGGCAUCAAUUACCAGCAGUUCCUGCGACACUAUCUGGAGAACUACCCGGUCGCCCCGGGCCGGAUCCAGGAGCUGGAGGAGCGCAGGCGACGCUUCGUGGAGGCCUGCAGAGCCAGGGAGGCAGCCUUCGACAUUGAGCACCUGCGCAACCCCCAGAGGGUGGAUUUUGACAUUUUAACCUUUACCAUAGCCCUGACGGCGUCGGAGGUGAUCAAUCCUCUCAUAGAAGAACUGGGGUGCGAUAAGUUCAUCCACAGAGAGUGAGGAGUCGGCUCGGGGAGGGCGCGGGAUGCGCACGGCAGGCAGCAGCAAGACCUCCGGC